UUAAGUUGGAGCAGUCUCAGCGGCGGCCGCCAUUUUGUGCAGUCUCUGAGAGGGAAGGAGACGCCUAAACCGCGGCACUGCCGGGUUUGAGCGUAGCCAAACCUACCCACCGUUUUUAUAACCCCGAUUCUCUGUGUUUUGCUCCCGUCUCCGACGAGAGAGGCGGCGACGGUGGCGUCUGCGACGGGAGACAGCGCGUCGGAGCGAGAAAGCGCCGCGCCUGCCGCCGCCCCAACAGCGGAGGCGCCGCCGCCAUCGGUCGUCACCAGACCGGAGCCGCAGGCCCUCCCGAGCCCGGCCAUCCGUGCCCCGCUCCCAGAUCUCUACCCAUUUGGGACCAUGCGCGGAGGCGGCUUUGGGGACCGGGACAGGGACCGGGACCGUGGCGGAUUUGGAGCAAGAGGUGGUGGUGGACUUCCUCCGAAGAAAUUUGGUAAUCCUGGGGAGCGUUUACGUAAAAAGAAAUGGGAUUUGAGUGAGCUCCCCAAGUUUGAAAAAAAUUUUUAUGUGGAACAUCCAGAAGUGGCAAGGCUGACUCCAUAUGAGGUUGAUGAGCUACGCCGAAAAAAAGAGAUUACAGUGCGAGGGGGAGAUGUUUGUCCUAAGCCUGUCUUUGCCUUCCAUCAUGCUAACUUCCCACAAUAUGUGAUGGAUGUGUUGAUGGAUCAACACUUUACAGAACCAACUCCGAUUCAGUGCCAGGGAUUUCCGUUGGCUCUUAGCGGCCGGGAUAUGGUGGGCAUUGCUCAGACAGGCUCUGGGAAGACAUUGGCGUAUCUACUGCCUGCAAUUGUUCACAUUAACCACCAGCCAUACUUGGAAAGGGGAGAUGGCCCAAUCUGUCUAGUUCUGGCUCCUACCAGAGAGCUUGCUCAGCAAGUACAGCAGGUAGCUGACGACUAUGGCAAGUGUUCAAGAUUGAAGAGUACUUGCAUUUAUGGAGGUGCUCCUAAAGGCCCCCAGAUUCGAGACUUGGAAAGAGGUGUUGAGAUCUGCAUAGCUACUCCUGGACGCCUGAUAGAUUUCCUAGAGUCAGGAAAGACAAACCUGCGCCGCUGUACUUACCUGGUUCUGGAUGAGGCUGACAGAAUGCUUGAUAUGGGCUUUGAACCUCAGAUCCGUAAAAUUGUUGACCAAAUCAGGCCUGAUAGGCAGACAUUGAUGUGGAGUGCAACUUGGCCGAAAGAAGUAAGGCAGCUUGCAGAGGAUUUCUUGCGUGAUUACACUCAGAUCAAUGUGGGCAAUCUGGAGUUGAGUGCCAACCACAACAUCCUUCAGAUUGUGGAUGUCUGCAUGGAAAGUGAAAAAGAUCACAAAUUGAUCCAACUGAUGGAGGAAAUAAUGGCUGAAAAGGAAAAUAAGACCAUAAUAUUUGUAGAGACAAAGAGACGCUGUGAUGACCUUACUCGAAGGAUGCGCAGAGAUGGUUGGCCAGCUAUGUGUAUUCAUGGAGAUAAGAGUCAGCCAGAAAGAGAUUGGGUACUUAAUGAAUUCCGUUCUGGAAAGGCUCCCAUUCUCAUUGCCACGGAUGUAGCCUCCCGUGGGCUAGAUGUGGAAGAUGUCAAGUUUGUCAUCAACUAUGACUACCCAAACAGCUCAGAGGAUUACGUGCACCGAAUUGGCCGAACAGCCCGAAGCACCAACAAGGGCACUGCUUACACCUUCUUCACCCCAGGGAACCUAAAGCAGGCCAGAGAGCUGAUCAAAGUGCUUGAAGAGGCUAAUCAGGCCAUCAAUCCAAAACUGAUGCAGCUGGUGGACCACAGAGGAGGCGGCGGAGGAGGGGGUAAGGGAGGUCGCUCUCGAUACCGGACCACUUCUUCAGCCAACAAUCCCAAUCUGAUGUAUCAGGAUGAGUGUGAUCGGAGGCUUCGAGGAGUCAAAGAUGGAGGCCGGAGAGACUCUACAAGCUAUCGGGAUCGUAGUGAGACCGAUAGAGCCGGUUAUGCUAAUGGCAGUGGCUAUGGAAGUCCAAAUUCCGCCUUUGGAGCACAAGCAGGCCAAUACACCUAUGGUCAAGGCACCUAUGGGGCAGCUGCUUAUGGCACCAGUGGCUACACAGCCCAGGAGUAUGGUGCUGGCACUUACGGAGCUAGCAGCACCACCUCAACUGGGAGAAGUUCACAGAGCUCUAGCCAGCAGUUUAGUGGGAUAGGCCGGUCUGGGCAGCAGCCGCAGCCACUGAUGUCACAACAGUUUGCACAGCCUCCAGGAGCUACCAAUAUGAUAGGUUACAUGGGGCAGACGGCCUACCAGUACCCCCCUCCACCUCCUCCCCCUCCGCCUUCUAGAAAAUGAGUCCACUUGAGGUGGGGUGACUUGUGCAGACUUAAUUACAUUUAAAGGAACACCAUCUUUCUUUUUAUUUUCCUUCUUCCCUUUAUUUUUUUUAUUUUUUUCUCCCAACCAUUGUGUUUUGCCCUUUCAUGCAGAUUAGUUAGAAUUCACUGCCAGGUUUCUUCUGCCUGCCAAAAUGGUCCAGUCUGUAAUAACAGAUUUUGUAAAAAGUAUAUAACCAACUGGAAGAAAUUUAUUUCUUCCCCCAACUUUGCAUGUUGAGGAUAUUUGAGCUAUUUUUCAUUUUAAAAGAAAAAGUGAGGUAUUAGGCCCUUUCAUGGGAGCCAGUUUUUCCUUGUCCUGAGUUGGUGGGGAGGGAAGGGGGCUGAAUUGUUCUGCAGAAGAAAAUGGCAUCUAUGCUAUAUAUGCUCUCAUCCCUGGGUUAGAAAACCAAGAGGGGUUUCCUCAAGUUAGGUCUGGUUCCUCAGUUUUUAAACAGUGCUUUGCUGUGGUCAUUUUGGCUCAUGAUAGCUGAAGUGCAUUUGACAGUUAAAAUUUCCUAAUUGGUUUUGUGUCCCUUACACACUGCUUUCCCUCUCUCCCCUUCAAGUUACUUGAAAAAUAGCCAGUUAAUGUCAGUUUAGAAAUUGAAUUGCUGAGUCUACAUGUAUCUUUUAAAUUAACUGCAAGCAUUUCUCACACUGGUUAAACUGUAGCAUUCGGCAUCUGGGUAAAAGCUACCUAUUUUUCUUCCCUAUAUAACCAAGGACCAUCUAUGAAAUUGAUUGUCUAGCCAGACAGCUCCUGUGAGCAAAUGAACGUAAAUGCUCACUGGAAAUUUACUUCAUUAAAACAGUUAAGUCUGUAUUCGCCAGCAGUGUAAAGUUAUUUAUAAUAUACUCAAAAUGGGCAGAUUUUUAUUUUAAACUCAGUAUUUGUAGAGGUAGAGUGAAGAGCAGCUCUUUGCCAGCAUCUCUACCCCUUUGGCCAAAUUUUUGAGCGAAGACUAAAGCCCUCUAGUGUCUUUUGUCCUCUGCAGUGCUGUGUGACAGCCUCUGGAUGCACAUUGUGCCCUGCAUCCUCUGCACUCAGCUCUUCACAGGUAGGUAGUGCUUAGGAGACGAUCUGGAGGACGAGGGCCUUAGGGUGUUUUUUGUUGUUUUAAUACUUUUCCUAUGAAUGAAGGUAGGUGAAUUUGUCCCCUUAGUAAGACUCUUGCUGAGACUUCAUAGUAAGUGGACCUGGAAAGGAUUGUUCUUGGUUCACUGUAAAUAAGACAGGGUAAUCAGACAGUCCCAGAAUCCCUUUUCAAGAUCCAGUGUGAUGGGAGUGUUCAUUUUUAUUCUGGUACUGGUGUCGUGUGCACACAGUGGAAUUAAAGGGGGAAUGUACCACUGUGUUCUUUGCAGCCUGAGAGUGCUUGCUAGUUUAUAAGGUCUAAAUAUUGAAAUACUUCAGAUUUUUGCUUUUGUUUUUGUUUUCCCUUUAAAAUCCUUCAGGGAGAGAGAAGGGAUGGUUUCAGAGGGGUUCUGACAGUAUGAUUCAGUGUGCACCAUACAGGUAGGUCCUCGGCAUAAGCUGAUGUGUAUGCAUGUUAAAGCCUUUGACAUCCUUAUUUGUUUUUCGCCUCCUUUUUCCUUUCCUUUCCUUUCGUUUCCCUGUCUUAAAGAGGUGGAGGCUUCAAGGGAGGAUGGUAGGAAUAGAAGAAAUGUGGCAAAGUGCUCUUUCAGAUUGCAAACCAAAGUACUGUUGCUGCCACCACCACCACCCUCAUCCCCCCAAAAAGGUGUCUUAGGUUCUGACAAGGCUGUUGUGGACAUUUUCUACAAAAUUCCUAAACGUUUUUUUUUAAGCCUAGAGCUUCUACCAUAGGAGAUGUCUUACUCUAUGCAGUUCCUACAAACAUCCGUUUCAGGGCAAGGUCUCAGUAUGCAAGCAGCAGCAGGAGUGCUUGCUUCCCUUUUCCUGCAGGGACUUUGUUAUUAAAUAACAAAACAGCAAGUUCCAAGUGCUUCUGUGGUCUGAGCACAGCAGAAAUCUAGCAAAAUUCUUUCUGUUAACCCUAAGGUAACUUGUACUUAACGUGUUAUAAUACAGGUUCUGCUCUUGAGAACGUGAGCAAACAAGUCUUCAUUUGAAACGUAGGCAGAGGGUUUCAGUAUUAAGCUAUGGGCUGCUUCUCCCCAGUCCCUCCCUUGCAAUUCAUUGUGCGGACUUCUUUCAUCUAAAAGGUUGGUGGCUUUUGCUUGGGAUCAGUGCUUUCUACUCAUAUCCUUGCUGGUCUCUGAACACAUUCCUGUUGCGUUAAGACUUGAAAGAUUUGUAGAUGUGUGAUGUUCAGGCACAGGAUGCUAAGAGCUAUGUUACUAUUCUUAGUUUGUAAAUUGUCCUUUUGAUACCAUCUUGUUUUCUUUUGUAGGUAUAAAUAAAAAUACUGUUGACAAUAA